AUGUGUCAUGUCAUCGUCACCUGCCGCUCGAUGCUCUGGACCCUCCUGAGUAUCGUGGUGGCCUUUGCUGAGCUCGUUGCCUUCAUGAGCGCCGACUGGCUGAUCGGGAAAGCCAAGACCCGCAGCGGCGACGACGAGCAGGCAGGCAUGGACUCGGAGCCCCACUACCUGGGCAUCCUCUGCCUCCGCACCCCUGCCAUGCAGCAAGUCCCUCGGGACACACUGUGCGGGACCUACGCCAAGAGCUUCGGGGAGAUAGCCAGCGGCUUCUGGCGGGCUACCGCUAUUUUCCUGGCCGUGGGGAUCUUCAUUCUCUGCGUAGUGGCCUUGGUGUCCGUCUUCACCAUGUGCGUGCAAAGCAUCAUGAGGAAAAGCAUCUUCAACGUCUGCGGGCUCCUGCAGGGAAUCGCAGGUCUGUUCCUCAUCCUCGGCCUGAUCUUCUACCCUGCAGGCUGGGGCUGCCAGGAAGUCAUAGACUGUGGACGGCAUGCGUCCCCCUACAAACCUGGGGACUGCUCCUUGGGCUGGGCCUUUUAUACGGCCACUGGGGGCACAGUCCUCACCUUUAUCUGUGCUGUCUUCUCCGCACAAGCAGAAAUUGCAACCUCCAGUGACAAAGUUCAGGAAGAAAUUGAAGAGGGGAAAAACCUCAUCUGCCUCCUUUAGUGUGGAAGACAUUACAGCCACCGUUACCUUUCUUUAUGGCCUUGUGACACAGUCUUCAUCGUUUGAAUCAUGUGGAGAGCCAGUCUUGACCUACGGGAGCUACAUUUCACAGCCCUGGGCCUUCGUGGGACCAGUGAGGGGCAUCACCCACCACCCACCACUCUUGGACAUGCCGGCUGCCGUGACCAGACAAGGACUUGGUAUAGCCCCUGUGGAGUCCUGUUGGGGCUCAAUGAAGGAUAGUGAUCUGACUCACCAAGGCGGGCGGCAAUCUCCCUGGCAACUGAAGAAAGGUUGCCCAGCCUCAGGAUAGCCUGAGGCAGGUUUCUGGUCCACAGUGUUGUGCUUAUGAGCAUCUCAGAGUGGCAGGAGGGGUGGGGUCUUGGUUUUCCUCCUCGUUCUUUCAUGUUGUCUCUCUUGGAGGAGACUGAGAGGAAGAUUGCAGACUUACUGCUGACAGGUUAUAUGCUCAAGGUCACAGCAGGGACAGUGCAGAACCCCACUGUGGGACUACUCCAGUUUGAGUUCCAGGGUAAGAGGCUCAGUGGAACUCUCCUCAGGAUUUGAGUAAAGAAAGACAAUCACGUAAGAAUAAAAGUCCAAGCCCCCAGCAGUAAGGUAGAUACCUUCCUGUUCCCUGCAGCCAGCCUAGUGCCUGUGAUAGCCCAGUCUCCUCCGGUAGUUAGUUUUCUCCUAGGGUUGGGGUUGUGCUUGGCUGCCCAGGGAAACCUCAGUGUUCCCCGCUUCCAAGGACUGCAGCCUCCAGACCUGCUGUGGCUCAUGCAGAUGUUCACAGGGAGGGGUUGUCAGAACCUCAGCGUUCGCAGAGUGAACUUUUCUGUUUGUGCUUUCCAGCCCCACUGUUGGUGUUCUCACAGAAAGCAGGGGCUAGCCCUAGAAGCUUCUGGUGUUGACCCGCAGAGCAGGCUGGUUGACACUGGUUCACCCCUACAUCAAGAAUCCCAUGGCCAGGUUAGAGUGGAAACAGGUCACAGAGCCACCAAACGCCUACUCAAGAGGACUCAGGGCUUUUAAUCCAGUUUCCAUAACUUACCCAUUUGAUCAAAGUAGCCAGAAACACCAUAGUCUGGCAUCUUAUGAACCUUGCAGAUACAGGGACCCUCCAUAGCGGUUGGUGCAAGUGGAGUGGACCUCUUUGGCUUUAGAAAUAUGUUCAACUGAGGGCUUUGUCUUAAAAGUACAAUAGUGAAGCACCUCCCACUGGCAGGCGUCUGCUCAGAAGGUUUACAACCCUGAUUCAGAUUUUACAACCUUGCCCCAGUGAUCACUAUGUCAGUUUAGAGCCAAGCCUUGGUUCAGACCAACUUCCUUAUAUAUAGAUGGGCUAGGCCCACUGCAGUUUAAUUAUAGUAUAAUUUGGCCCUUUGGCCAAUAUCAGAAACCAUCUUAUCUCUCAUGCAGAUGAAAGGUAUGAAUCAGAUCUUAAGUUCAGUUUGGAAUCAGUAUUCGAAGUAAGCAAGGUGGAGACCCUGUGGCUUCUUUGAAAGAGAAGGGGGAGGCUCCCUCAGCAACCCUAGGAACACUCAGGAAACAGGAACAGAUAUCCCCGAGCACACGUGCCAUCACAUGCCAUGGAGCACAUGGAGAAAGCGCUCAUCUGCAUGGGGUACUGAUGACGUCCUAAGCAGGGCCUCUGGCAGCACAGUAGCCGUGUUUCCAACCUGGGCAAGACUUUGCACGAAACACAGUUUUGUUCAUUAGGAAAACUGUGACACAAAACACUUCAUUUUCCUUACGUUUACCAGGUUAGCUUGUCCAUCUUUACGGUCUUAGCCCCCUCUGCACAGGCCAGUCCCACGCCCCAGCUCCUGGGUGCACUCCUGUCACUUGCUCUCUGGGGUCAAGGGGAGGUGGACUCCUAGAAACCUGGUAACAGUCCCACAUGAAGCCAUGACCUCUGCCACACUGUUACUUAACUGUUUCUCAUUAAUUUGUUAGAGAAGACAGCCCCACCACCAAGGGCACCAUGAAAACUGCCUACACACUGACUUCAUGGAAUGAGAUUGCAUUUUAUAGCAGAGAGACCUUCAAACCAAUACACAGACUUUUACUGGGAAUGAAAGGACCAUCUACAGUUGUGCUAAUAGAGAAUGAAACUGCUCCUGGCUCUGUAAAACCACUUGCUGGCCGAUACCCAUUUCUCAGAUAAUAGGACCAUUGCUAUACCAGAAAAAGUCUUACUUUGCCUGCAUUCGUGCUCAGCUUCUCAAUGAACUCUAACGCAAGAAACAUUUGGGAGUCUGUGGCUUCUUUAAACCUGUGUGGUAAUUCAACAUUACAUUUAUAACUGUGGAAGGGUCUUUGAAGUAUCCAUGGUAUAUCGAAUGGCCUUUGUUAUACAUGUAUUCUGUAAUGUGCCAUAGUCAUGUUUUUAUGUGUAGCAUAUUUAAUUAUAUAUAUCACACAUACACAAGUUUGUCUAAUAGAUGUGCAAUAAGUAAGGCAUAUGUAUGUUUUCUUUGGGGAAACUGGACAAGAUUCAAAACAGGGAUGCUUCUUUCUGGGCAAAGGAGAGUUCAGACUAGUCAUUAGUCUGUGACGUUUUAGUGCCACACAGACCUGGUGUGAGGAAAAAGCUGGUAUGAGGGCGUUUCCUCCUGGGUCUAAGCUACAGCAAUCACUAGGCUUAUGGGCGAGUCGAUCCAGCAGGCCAGGCCCAGUCCGUGCUAGUCCUCCAUGUGAAAUGUGAAGCUGCCUGUUGCCUCUUCUGUCAGCCCGAGCACCAGAAGCUGGUGUAGAGUGAGCAGCUAUUUCCUCCUGUGCUUGUACAGUCCAUGCUAAGGCUAGACUACUAUCCUUAAGGGCUGCUCUCACACCUUCUCCGCCAUGAGCGUCUGGCUUAGGACAGACCACUCCGUGCAAUAGCACGCGGCUGCUGAGAACCCCAGGCCUGUAUUUGUGUUUCGGGGAGCAAAGACUCUCAAGAGCCAAAAGAGUUCAAGGGAUGAGUGGGGGAUUCUGAGGCCGUGGGGGAACGUCUUCCACAGCCAAGUGGGUCCUUAGGUGCUGGGAAGGGACUCAGGCACCGCCUGGUGUUUAAUAGCCACUUGAGCCAAAUAUAAAAUUGUACCCAGAGCAGAUGGACUUGGUCGGAGCCUUCAAGUAUGUGGUUAUCCUAUUAUACGUAAACUAAUACAUUGUUUGUCUAGCAUUGAUUAGGAUUAUGUACUUAAGGAUUUUCACAAUGUCCUCCCUUCCCUUCUUGAGAUCUGAAUUAAAUCCGAUUUUGCAAACUCA